GUUUUGUGUCAGUAAAAUGCAAAAUUAAAAUGUUGGUGUAUAAAAAAAAAUGCUAAUAUGCGUUGGGAAAUCGCUAUAUGGUUUUAGCCUAAAUAGCCUAUAUAGAAAACGCACCACUGUAGAAAAAAGUAGAAGAUCGUCAGAUCUGUAGCCAUAACAAAAACAUAACAAAAAGGGAACACUGGAGGCCAGUUUUAUUAAGGCUGUUUAAUGAUUCAGUUCAUGUUUACCACUUAAAACUCUCCGGUUAAAACUUGGGCAAAGUGCAUUACACAACCGAGAAACCCGACAACGCGAGGUCAACCACAAGGCUAGUUUUUCCUGUCUCCGUGAGUUAUAUACUUGCAAGCAGUGCACGUUCGGUGCAUUAGUGCGGGUUUGUGUCCUAAUAACAGUUAUGCUGAACAGAUACUGCAAGCGAGGGCGUAGCUGUUUUGGUGCCGUUUCUUUGGUAAUUUUUGCUGUAAUUUGGAGGAUUACACCUGUGGUUCCUCAUCCACAAUGUUUGGAUUUCAAACCUCCGUUUCAACCUACGGAAGAACUUACUUUCUGUGUAAUGUACAAUAACUUUGGCUGCUGUGAUUCGUCUAAAGACCGGGAGUUGAUGGACAAAUUCUAUCGGAUCAUGGAUAACUUCGACUACUAUGGGUAUGCGAAAUGUGCUGGAUACAUCCAAGACAUUAUUUGUCAGGAAUGUUCUCCAUUUGCUGCACACUUAUAUGAUGCUGAAGACUCCAGCACCCCUGUAAAGACUCUGCCAGGACUUUGUGGAGACUACUGCUCAGAAUUCUGGCUGAAAUGCAGGUCGACAAUCACACUUCUCACUGGAGACCUGCAGCUUGAGAAACUUGAGCAGGACCGUGACAGAUUCUGUCAGUAUCUGGAGCUGGGUGAUCCAGACUACUGCUAUCCUCACCUGCUGGUGAAUGAGCAGCUGACAAGGAACCUGGGGCGAGUCACGGCUAAUUCUGAAGGCUGCCUCCAGCUGUGCCUGGAGGAGGUGGCGAAUGGGCUUCGGAACCCGUUGGCGAUGGUUCAUGCCAAUGAUGGCACUCACAGAUUCUUCAUUGCAGAGCAGGUGGGCCUGGUGUGGACCUACCUUCCUGACCGCUCCAGAUUAGAGAAGCCCUUCCUGAACAUCUCUGCGGCCGUGCUUACCUCACCCUGGGAGGGGGACGAAAGGGGCUUCCUGGGGCUGGUCCUGCACCCCCACUUUAAGUUUAAUGGCAAGUUGUAUGUCUAUUAUUCAGUGGAGGUGGAUUUUGAAGAGAAGAUUAGAAUCAGCGAAUUCAGAAUAUCAGCAAGUGACAUGAAUGCUGUGGACCACAGUUCGGAAAGGAUUAUUUUGGAGGUGGAUGAACCAUCAUCAAAUCAUAACGGGGGACAGCUGCUCUUUGCUGAUGAUGGAUAUUUAUAUAUCUUCACUGGCGAUGGUGGGAUGGCUGGAGAUCCUUUUGGAAAGUUUGGAAAUUCUCAGAACAAGUCAGCCUUGCUGGGUAAAGUGCUCCGAAUUGAUGUUGAUAACAAUGACCGGGGACCGCUUUACACAAUACCUCCUGAUAACCCCUUCAUCCACGAACCCCAGGCCCGGCCUGAAAUCUAUGCAUAUGGUGUGCGCAACAUGUGGAGGUGUUCUGUGGACCGCGGAGACCCUGUCACCAGAGAGGGCAAAGGGAGGAUUUUCUGUGGGGAUGUCGGACAGAAUAAGUAUGAGGAAGUGGACAUCAUUGAAAAGGGGAAGAAUUAUGGUUGGAGAGCAAAAGAAGGAUUCUCCUGUUAUGACAAAAAACUCUGUGCCAAUAGCUCAUUAGAUGAUGUUCUUCCCAUAUAUGCCUAUCCUCACAAAAUGGGCAAAUCAGUUACUGGGGGAUAUGUCUACAGAGGGUGUGAGUACCCUAACAUGAACGGGAUGUACAUAUUUGGAGACUUCAUGAGUGGGCGUCUAAUGAUAUUACAAGAGAACAAGAGGACAAGGCAGUGGGACUACAAUGAAAUCUGUAUGGGUACUGGACAAACAUGCAUGUUUCCAGGACUGAUCAAUAACUAUUAUCAGUAUGUCAUUUCCUUUGCUGAAGACGAGGCAGGAGAACUGUAUUUCAUGUCCACUGGAAUUCCCAGUGCAACAUCAUAUUCUGGUGUAGUGUACAAACUGGUAGACCCAUCACGUCGCGCACCGCCAAGAAAAUGUCACUACGACCCUCUACCAGUUAAAGUUAAAAGCAGACUCAUAAACUUUGUGCCAAAGGAAAAACUAGUAGUGGAGUCUGCCAAGCGUCCAAAAGCUAAAGCCACCAACGCACCUGUGAGACGCCCUCCAAGGGCAACAGAGGUACCUCAGCCUGCAACCCCUGACUGGCUGGAGGAAUUUAUGCAGAUUCUGAGGAACCAACAAGAAACAACAACAGCAACCCCAACAACCACAAAACCUGCAAAGACGAGGAAAGGAAGCAGAGAGAAGGGAAGGCAGGGGCGUAGAAGAAAAGGCCACCGCCAGUUAGAGUCAGCCAUCCGGAACGGAACACUGCGACUGGCGAAUAAGGAGGGCAGGCACAACCAAGGCAGGGUGGAGAUCUACAUUCAAAACGAAUGGGGGACGGUCUGCGAUGACCUUUGGAACAUAAAGGCAGCGGCCGUGGUCUGUCGCCAGCUAGGGUUUCUUUAUGUUGUUCGGGCUUCCAAGAAGGCACAGUUUGGAGAGGGGAAACACUUGAGAAUUUUAUUAGACGACGUACAGUGUGAAGGGUAUGAGGAUAGCCUUUUGGAUUGCAAGCACGCGGAAAUAGGGAAACACAACUGUGAUCACAGUGAGGAUGCAGGGGUUAUAUGUGGGAAUGACGAAUAUGGAGAAUAUUAGGGAGGCCAGGUAUAGUUUAAACAAGUACAACCUCAAUUUACAUGUCUCUGGAUGUUGGAUGUGCCUCUGUUCUUCAGUGUUGAUCCCUGACACUUUAGUGUGUCAGCAAUUCAUAUGUGAUAACAAAUUAAAUAGCAUGAACUGAAUUAAUACUUAAUUCAUAUACCAGUAUUAACCUCUGACUUUAAUUGAUUGUGAACAGGUAUUUAAAUGUAAAGUGCAGACUGUAAAUCAGUGUUAUUGAUUCCAAUUACAGUAUUUGUCAAUUCACAUGCUAAAUAAAUCCUUGGUUUUUGUGA